GAUGGUUGUGUCUUAACAAUUCUAAUUUUUUAAAAAAUUAUUACUAUUUUUUUCAUCAGAGCCAUCGCACUGGAAAAUAAUUUUUUAUUUUCAUGAUAGCCUACCGUUGAAUUUACCGUUCUGAUAUUAAUGAAACAUCUCUAUAAAGGGUUGAAGUGUCUUCCCGGAUUGUCAACUUAUUUUAUUUUGUUUUAUUUUCUUCAAGCAACAAUUGCUAAGGAACAGAAUUGUCAAUUUAUUAAUGAAAUAUGACGUGUGUUGAACAAGACAAGCUGGGUCAAGCAUUUGAAGAUGCUUUUGAGGUUCUGAGGCAACAUUCAACUGGAGAUCUUCAGUACUCGCCAGAUUACAGAAAUUACCUGGCUUUAAUCAACCAUCGUCCUCAUGUCAAAGGAAAUUCCAGCUGCUAUGGAGUGUUGCCUACAGAGGAGCCUGUCUAUAAUUGGAGAACGGUAAUUAACAGUGCUGCGGACUUCUAUUUUGAAGGAAAUAUUCAUCAAUCUCUGCAGAACAUAACUGAAAACCAGCUGGUACAACCCACUGUUCUCCAGCAAAAGGGGGGUAAAGGCAGGAAGAAGCUCCGACUGUUUGAAUACCUUCACGAAUCCCUGUAUAAUCCGGAGAUGGCAUCUUGUAUUCAGUGGGUAGAUAAAACCAAAGGCAUCUUUCAGUUUGUAUCAAAAAACAAAGAAAAACUUGCCGAGCUUUGGGGGAAAAGAAAAGGCAACAGGAAGACCAUGACUUACCAGAAAAUGGCCAGGGCACUGAGAAAUUACGGAAGAAGUGGGGAAAUUACCAAAAUCCGGAGGAAGCUGACUUACCAGUUUAGUGAGGCCAUUCUCCAAAGACUCUCUCCAUCCUAUUUCCUGGGGAAAGAGAUCUUCUAUUCACAAUGUGUUCAACCUGAUCAAGAAUAUCUCAGUUUAAAUAACUGGAAUGCAAAUUAUAAUUAUACAUAUGCCAAUUACCAUGAGCUAAAUCACCAUGAUUGCUAAAUAUACUUUCAUAUUUCAUGGUUUACUGGCAUCGGAAAUCUCUACAAUUUUAAGGAUUUCUCCCUCUCUCUCUUUUUUCCCUCCUCUGAAGAGAUUUAGGAUUUUUCUCUUAAAGCAAAUACUAAAGAGGAAAAAAAAAUAACUUUAUUGUUGCUUUUAUCAAAGAAUAUGUAAUCUAUACUAACUUGCUGGGAAAUUCUGCCAAUGAACAACUUUUUUAUAAUA